ACGAUGGAAGUUAGUGCCGGCCGGUCGUGUGCGUAGCUUCGCGAGUGAUGUCGCAGCAUGGUCGCUGCGCGUGCCUUGUUGUGGUGCCUUUGGCUGGUCGCAGUCGGGAGCCCGGUCGCCUCCCGCGGACACCGCGGCCACGGGGACCGACACGUCCCCGCACGACACAAACAUUCGGAAUUCGUUAAAGGAAAGAUAUGCAUCGGAACAAAUGGAAGAAUGUCGGUGCCGUCAAACCGCGACACCCACUAUCGGAAUCUUCGAGACCGAUUCACAAAUUGCACGUACGUCGAUGGUAACCUGGAACUUACCUGGCUUCAGAACGAGACCAUGGACUUAUCUUUUCUCAAAUACAUAAGAGAGGUUACCGGUUACGUGCUCAUUUCACACGUCAAUGUUCGACACAUUGUGCUGCCCCAGCUGCAAAUUAUUCGUGGACGGACACUGUUCAAGCUGAACGUAAGAGAGGAAGAGUUCGCCCUGAUGGUCACUAUGUCCUCAGCAUUUACAUUAGAGCUGCCAGCUUUGCGUGACGUGCUACGUGGCAGCGUUGGCAUUUAUAAUAACUACAACCUAUGCCACGUAAAGACUAUUAAUUGGGACGAGAUAAUCACUGGAGUCAACGCUACCUAUGUUUAUGUGUACGACUUUGCUGCUGCCGAGCGAGACUGUCCGAGAUGUGACAGCAGCUGUGAAGCCGGUUGUUGGGGCGAAGGACCUGAGAACUGCCAAAAAUUCUCUAAGACAAUAUGCAGCCCACAGUGUGCGCAAGGACGAUGUUUUGGUCGGAACCCCAGAGAUUGCUGCAACGCGUUCUGCGCUGGUGGCUGCACCGGUCCCCUCCCAAGUCAAUGCCUCGCGUGUAGAAACUUCUAUGAUGAAGGAACGUGCUCUCAAGAAUGUCCUCCAAUGCAGAUUUAUAAUCCAACUACCUAUUCUUGGGAGCCUAAUCCAAAUGGAAAAUAUGCUUAUGGGGCAACAUGUGUACGGAACUGCCCUGAACAUCUGUUAAAAGAUAAUGGAGCAUGUGUGAGGAGCUGCCCUCCUAACAAGACAGCCGUCAACGGAGAAUGUAUUCCGUGCAAUGUAACCUGUCCAAAGACUUGCCACGCGGAGAAACCAAUUCAUUCUGGAAACAUCGACAGUUUCAAAGACUGCACCAUCAUUGAUGGUUCGAUUGAGAUUUUAGAAAUGACCUUCACGGGAUUUCAGCAUGUCAAUCCAGAUUACUCUUUUGGUGAGCGCUAUGCAAAGAUGGAGCCUCACAAGCUUGAAGUAUUCAGCACAGUCCGCGAGGUGACCGGCUACCUGAACGUGCAGGCGCACCAUCCGAACUUCACCAGCCUCUCUUACUUCCGCAACUUGGAAGUGAUUGGAGGACGUCAAGUCGUCGAGAAUCUUUUCGCUUCGCUCUAUAUCGUCAAAACAUCACUCAAGUCUUUGGGAUUAAAAUCUUUGAAACGAGUCAACUCUGGCGCUAUAGCAAUAAUGGAAAACAAGUAUUUGUGCUUCGCUGAAAAGAUUGCAUGGACCAAACUUGUAAAGUCGAAAGAUCACAAACAAAUAAUACAAAACAAUGGCGAUCUGCGUACUUGUGAAAAAGCAGAUUUGGUCUGCGAUCCUCAAUGCUCUGCGGAUGGUUGCUGGGGCCCUGGACCGGAUCAGUGCCUCUCAUGCAAAAAUUUCAAAUUUGGGGAGACAUGCCUACAGAACUGCAGCGUCCUCCCAGGAUUAUACAAAGAUGGUCCUAAGAGCUGCAAGGAAUGUCACCCGGAAUGUAAAGAUGGAUGCACCGGCCCAACCGGCGCCAACUGCACCAGUUGCCGACACGUGCGAGAUGGCCCAUACUGCGUCAAUAAAUGCCCAGACUCUCGCUACCAAUCUGACAAUGCGACCUGUUUACCCUGCCAUAAGAAUUGCUUCCCGAACGGCUGUACAGGUCCGAAUAAUACAGUUGGCGAAGGUGCCUGUAAUUUCUGCAAAAAAGCUAUCAUCAGCGUUGAAGCCACCGUGGAAAGUUGCUUGAAUGAAUACGAGCCUUGCCCUGAUGGAUAUUAUAAUGAAUGGGUGGGUAAUGUGAAGCCACUGGAAGGAAAAGUUAAAGUGGUUUGCCGAAAAUGCCAUCCAAGAUGCAAAAAAUGUGUUGGAUUUGGUAUACACACUCAAGUCUGCCUUCAGUGUAACGGCUAUAAAAGAGGAGACCAAUGUGAAGAUGAAUGUCCAGCAGAUGACUUCACUGAUGAGGUUAGAAUGACUUGCACACCUUGCCACCCCGAAUGCAAAGGCUGCAUGGGAUCAUCUUCAACGGACUGCGUAAAAUGCAAAAAUUUGAAAAUAUUUUUGACCACGGACGAAACCCAGAAUCAAUCGCUCUUUAACUGUACCGAUACUUGUCCGUCGCACAUGCCUCACAAGAUAUAUUUUGAUGAACAACUGCUAAACCGCAUUGACGAACCCUACUGCUCUACACACGCAAACGGUAACCCUAACAUGGUUACGGCCAAAAUACCAACUGUACUAAUCAUUAUACUCGUCCUUGCAUUUUUAUUAUUAGUGAUACUUGGAAUAAUCGGCUAUACUUGUAGACAAAAAGCAAAAGCAAACAAGGAGGCCGUUAAAAUGACAAUGGUUCUGACCGGCUGUGAAGAUAAUGAACCUCUUCGUCCUACCAACGUUAAACCAAACUUAGCCAAAUUAAGAAUUGUAAAAGAGGUAGAGUUACGAAGAGGUGGGAUGCUCGGUUACGGAGCAUUUGGCAAAGUAUACAAAGGUGUGUGGGUACCAGAAGGUGAAAAUGUGAAGAUCCCCGUGGCUAUUAAAGUACUAAAGGAUGGAACUGGUGCUAAUACUAGCAAGGAAUUCUUGGAAGAAGCCUAUAUCAUGGCCAGUGUUGAACACCCCAACUUGCUUCAAUUACUUGCCGUUUGCAUGACUAACCAAAUGAUGCUUAUAACGCAACUGAUGCCUCUGGGAUGUCUGCUUGAUUACGUCAGAACACACAAGGAGAAAAUUGGGUCGAAAGCCUUUUUGAAUUGGUGUACGCAGAUUGCCCGCGGUAUGGCGUACUUGGAAGAGAAGCGAUUGGUGCAUAGAGACUUGGCUGCCCGCAACGUGUUAGUACAAACACCAAACUGUGUAAAGAUAACUGACUUUGGAUUAGCCAAAUUAUUAGAAGUUAAUACUGAUGAAUACAAAGCAGCUGGCGGUAAGAUGCCCAUUAAAUGGUUGGCUUUGGAAUGCAUCCAGCACAGGAUUUUUACUCACAAGAGUGAUGUGUGGGCUUUUGGAGUUACGAUCUGGGAACUGUUGAGCUAUGGUGCACGACCUUAUGAGACAAUAUCUGCCCGAACUGUCCCGGAGCUAAUAGAAAAUGGUCUGAAGCUACCACAGCCCAGUAUUUGCACAUUGGAUAUUUAUUGCAUUAUGGUGUCAUGCUGGAUGUUGGACGCUGACAGCCGGCCUACAUUCAAACAGCUCGCAGAUACGUUUGCUGAAAUGGCCAGAGACCCAGGCCGAUACUUGGUGAUACCAGGUGACAAGUUCAUGCGGCUGCCGUCCUACUCCACGCAGGAUGAGAAAGAAAUGAUUCGAAACCUGUCAUCUGCGAUGGAAGGUCCGGAGUCCCUGGUGGAAGCGGAUGAAUACUUACAGCCUAAGUUUAAAUCUGGGCCAAGCACUAACACGACGAUAUCCGUCAUUGAGGUUCACCAGAACUCAAUGAAACCGUCUGCUACGUGGCCCACCGGAGGCCCCGCCAACGAGUGUGGCACUCCUGAUGGUGCCAGUAAAUCGGAGACUUGGGACCAUGAGCUCCUGAGGUACAACCAAGCCAACCCCUGCGGCGAUGGCACCGAACUACGGCACUAUUACAACAAUGGCGUAUGCGCCUCUGACAGCUCAAGUUCGAGAUAUUGCAGCGACCCCAUGAAAGGACGUCCAGAAGGAUGUGAAAAUAAUUUCGAAAGUAAAACGAAAGAUGCUCAGGUCGGGAAUCUGAAGUUGAAUCUGCCGCUGGACGAGGACGAUUAUCUGAUGCCCUCGCCGCAGCACACGCAAAACGCUUCAACCUACAUGGAUUUAAUAGGAGAAGGAGGCGAGAAUCAGGAGGGUAUAAAGGAUUUGCGGUUCAGUAGUUUUGUUGGCAAGCGAUGUGUGGACAAUCCGGAGUACUUGAUGUCGGAGGAGAACGUGCUGCCACAGACGCUGGGCAUCCCGACGGAGCCGGUGCCGAUGGAGUCGCUGUGCAUGAGCGAGAGCAGCUUCAGCGAGUCGACGCCGCGGCCCAGCACCAGCAAGUACCUGCCGCAGCGCUCGGUGGAGGAGGAGUCCAUGUCGGACCACGAGUACUACAACGACCUGCAGCGCGAGCUGCAGCCGCUGCGCCGCAAUGAGACCACGGUGUGAAUCGCCACACUACCCCAUCCCACUGAUCUCGUCUUGUAAUUGACUUUAUAUUUACUUAAUAGUGCCGCGCGCACGACCCGUGCCAUUGAUUCGAUGGCUAGUGUUAGAUCGUUGAUACAAUUUCUGAUAUGAAUUUUAUUGUAGUUAUAAAAAAUCCAAUUGUUAAUUUUUUUACUUAAAAUGUAAAGGUACUGUUAUUUUUAAUGUGUAUAUUAUUAUAAUUUCUAUAGUGUGCACGACUGAUGCACUUUUAACAAAAAUAUAAGUUAUUUAUUAAUUUAGUUUAAGGACGGCUAUGUUUUAGGUUUUCGAGCGCUAAUGUUAUGUUAGUGCGUUUAUUUUUAUGUUAAAACUGUGAUAAUUAGUUUAAUUUGAAUAUACAACCAGUGAGGAGUUGGUGUAGUAGAGUAAGAUUCGCAUGCAUUGUCGACACGCGACGAAUCAUUUGCCAUUGAUGUCUAGUAGGUCUUUACUCUGUCGCAAUUCGCUGAUUCUUAUAGUGAAAGUAGAACUGUCAGCAUUUAUUUCCGAUACAUUCCUAAACUUUUUCAACAGCAAACAUUAAAAGACAUUUUAACACUAGGUUUAUCUCUGUGUAUUCCUAGUUAAAUAUACAUUACAUAUUAGGAUAUAAUAUUAAACAUACAUUUAUUAAACUGUGCAUGUGAAAUGUACAAUGCAUAUUAAAAGUCAUAAAAUAGUAAAAUUAUUCCCAGAUUUAGGAUGUUUAUAAAUAAAAUUGAUGUUGUGUACAAAGCUCAUUUACCAUAAGUUAUUUCAUGUAAUCUUGCCAUUUUUUUGAACUUGGUAGCUAGGCUUGUCAACUGUUAAAUGUUUUCUCUGAGUUUAUUUGUUACGUUGACAGCUUGAAAUGCCAAUGGCCGCUUCUUGAAUCGUUUACCUCCAACUCUAUGCCUGCUGUAUGUACAUAAACAUGUUCAUACUACAGCGAGGCUUUAUAAAAGACAUUAAUUUAAAAGGGCACUCCUUAUUAGCACAAAUUAAGCUCAAACUUCAAACUAAUGCAAAUUCUUAUUACUUAGAUUGUUUCAUAUAAGACCAAACUCCUUCGUUUGCCAUGUAACAUGUAAAUAAUAACGCUAUUGUAUAUAUUUUUAUUAUUUUACGUAAUAAUUUCCCUUUUAAUGUUUGUAUGUAGUAGUAACUACUCACAUAUGAAAUACCAUGUAAUUAUAUAUAUUUCGUUUUUUUUUUAUCUUGAAUGAAGUCUAAAUUAUUUUGUGCCAUUUAAAUGAAAUAGUUAUACAAUACAUUACUGUAGAUGUUUUUUUGCAAUGUUUAUUGAUUAUAUGCAGGCAUCGUUCUCAUUGUAAUUGUAGUGAAUUAUUUUAUUUUGGACGUAUUCGUAUGUGUGUAAUCAAUAGAUGUCUACUAAGUAGUUGAUCAAAUGCAUUUUAUUAUUCAUGGCUAUAUAUUGUUCAAGUUCAAUGUAUGUAGAUAUUAGUACCGUGACUUGCGGUGCAAAUGUAGGUACCUGUACCUUGAUAAAUGAAAUUUAAAUAA